ACCUUCACCUUUUCGCAUCCAAAAACCUCUCUCUCUCUCUCUCUCUAACUGCUUUCACACAACUCGCCGGAAAAAUCUUCUCCGACGGCGGUGAUGGCUAACCAGUUUUCCAGCUCCGUCGAAUUUGGACUUAAUCUCACGAAGCGAAUUUACUACGGUAAAGGAUUGGCUCCACCUCCGGUGCCGGCGAUGUCUAGGUCGCCGGAGGGAUACCUUCCGACGGCGCCUAUGUGUUACGCGGUGAUAUCGGAUCCGGAGACAGUUGAAAACCCGGACAUUAGGAGUUAUCAGCCGUAUGUGCUUGGCCGGUGUGAGCCUCCGGCGCUGAUACCUCUUCAGCUUCAUGGAGUCGACAUGGAAGUUGAGUGCUGUUUGGACACGGCGUUUGUUACUGUCACCGGACGGUGGCGCGUGCAUUGCGUCGCGUCAAGUAGCACGUGUGAUUGCCAGGUUGCUAUACCAAUGGGAGAACAGGGUUCACUUCUAGGUCUCGAGGUUGAUGAUUCUGGAAGAUCUUAUCAUACUGAGUUGAUCUCUCUGAAAGAUGAAAAGGAUAAGGAGAAACUAGCCAAAACUAAAGAUGGAUACUUUUUGAAAAGCCAAAUAUACACCGUUAAGAUCCCACAGUUUAAUGGAGGCUCCGUCUUCUCAGUUAAGAUCAGAUGGUCUCAGAAAAUAUUAUUUCAUGAUGGCCAGUUCACUCUUAGUGUCCCUUUUAGCUUUCCUUCGUAUGUCAUCCCAGUUGGAAAAAAAAUUUCUAAGAAAGAGAAGAUAUUUUUGAAAGUCAAUUCUGGUGCUGCAACGGAGGUGUUAUGCAAAACUACCAGUCAUCCUCUUAAGGGACUAGUGCGCCAAGCUGGCAAAUUAAGUUUAUCAUAUGAAGCAGAAGUGCCAGCUUGGUCAAGUACAGACUUCAGUUUCUUGUACAGUGUUUCUUCAACUGACGUAUUUGGUGGUGUUCUCUUGCAAUCUCCAUUCCUCCGCGAUUUUGAUGAAAGAGAGAUAUUUUGCUUGUAUCUUUACCCUGGAAAUAGGCAGGAUGGAAAGGUUUUUAAAAAGGAUGUGGUGUUUAUAGUAGAUAUAAGUGCAAGCAUGAAGGGAAGUCCUCUUGACAACACAAAGAAUGCACUACUGGCAUCACUUUGUCAACUGAAUGCACAAGAUACAUUUAACAUUAUAGCUUUCAAUGGUGAGGUCUACUUAUUUUCUUCAUCGAUGGAAACAGCUACAGAAGAAGCAAUUUUAAAUGCUGCCAAAUGGGUUGGCACUACUUUUAUUGCAAGUGGUGGUACGAACAUCAUGCUUCCCUUAACUCGGGCAAUGAAGCUAUUUCGGAAAUCAAUUGAUUCAGUCCCUCUUAUUUUUCUCGUUACUGAUGGGGCUGUUGAGGAUGAGAGAGAGAUAUGCAAUUUUGUGAAAAGCUGUAUCACAAGUGAGCAAUCAGUUCGCACACCCCGCUUAUGUACUUUUGGCAUAGGUUUAUAUUGUAAUCACUACUUCCUGCAAAUGCUAGCUCAAAUUGGGAGGGGUCACUAUGAUGCCGCUUUUGAUUUAGAUUCAAUUGACUUCCGAAUGCCAAGGCUAAUUAGUACUGCCUCAUCAGUUAUAGUUGCUGAUAUAACCAUCGAAAGUUUUGAAGGUCUUGACUCACUGGAGUUAUUCCCAACUCAUAUUCCAGACCUAUCAUUUGGAAGUCCGUUGAUCAUAUCAGGCAGAUAUAGUGGAACUUUUCCUGAAUCAGUUAAAAUUACUGGUACUUUGGCAGAUAUGACCAACUUCGUAGUGGACCUUGAAGUGAAGAGAGAAAAGGAUAUCCAACUAAGUAAUGUCCUUUCAAAGAGACAUAUAGACCUUGUCACUGCUCAUGCCUGGUUAUUAGAAAGUAAAGAGCUGGAGGAGAAGGUUUCUAAAAUGAGCAUUCAAAGUAAAGUCCCGUCAGAGUAUACCUGCAUGGACAUGGUUCUUGUGCAGAGUGACGAAGGGAAGAAGGCACCUGAACCAUUUCUGUUACAAAAGGCAUACAGCAGAUUAAGCUUCCAGAGUUUGGGACCUGACAUCCGUAACUUAUUCCUUGGAGGGAUGAGUCUUGGAUUUGGUGACUUGAAAGCAACAGCUGAGAACAUUCCACCAGCAAUAAAAGAAGCAAAACCAUCUGAAGGACUAUUGGAGAAGGCUGCUUCCAAUUGUUGUGGAUUGGCUGAUACCUGUUGUGGCAUGUGUCUGCUGCAGACUUGCUCUUGUGUGAAUGACCAAUGCACCAUUGUUUGCACCCAACUUUGUGCAGCUCUGGCUUGUUUUGAGUUAAUCAAAUGCUGUUUUGAGCUCUGCGACAGUGAUUGUUUGCAGUAAAAUACAUAAGAAAAUCUGUUUAGUGUAUUACAAAAUACAAAUGGUUAACAUUGUACAUAUGAUCUUGUGCAAUAAUGUCUGCAGUUUAUACUUGCUACUAUUUCCUCAAU